AUGACAAAGUCUCGCUCAAGCUCUGCGUCAGAGGGCGAGGUCUUGGAUACCCGACACAAGGCAAACACAGUCAACUCGCGCAACGAACCUGCGAUUAACGGCUCAAACAGGUCCUUUGGACUGGAUGGUGCUUAUGAUAACUACCGCGCCUUGAGUCGAUCUCCUUCGCCAUACCGCCGCAAGCGCACACCGUCACGAUCUCCGUCGCCAUAUCGGAGAAGCCGCGCCGUCGACCGAUCGCCAUCGCCUUACCGACGAAGCCGAGCUGAUCAAGCUGGGAAUGAUUCAAGGGGCUACAAGCGCAAGGCCUCUCCGCCGCGCAGUCGCCCUGACAAGCGAUACCAUGCUGAUCAUAGCAGACACGGUGAUUCUCGACGAGCUCCGGGACCUCACCAGACCAGUUUUGUGAAGGAACAGAAGGACGUACCAGAUCGAUCGCAUGCAAAGCCUAUAUCAUACGCCGAGGUCGAGAACCCGAAUCCUGUCACAGACUUCCGAGAGUCUCUGCCGACCGACAAGCGACCUCAGAACUCGCGUCACGGUGACAAACAGCGUGAGAAGACUCGCCAGACGCAGCAACAGAGCAGACAGACACCGUCCGAAGAUUCCAAUUCUCAAGCAAAGCAGGCAAGCGUGGCCGAAGAUGUUGAGAUGACGUCCGUCGACGAUACUACUGAUUACACCCCAGCUCCUGCUGAAGAGAAAGUCCCCACCCAAGAAUCACGCGAAGAGAAACGCCGACGAUGGGCUGCUAUACGCGCAGCUGCUGAGCAAAAGAAGUCGAAAGAGAACCUUCUUCAGCAGGCUGUCCUUACUAACGCGUCCGAAGCGACGACGCCCAAUGUUGCUUCCCCAGCAGCCUACGCAGACAGCCUCAUAUCACCGUUCGCAUCGCCUCGCAAUGGCGACCUCGACUCUGUACCCGCCUCUCCAGACGUCAUGAUAAUCGAUAAGCAGGGUGGGAUCAGUGCCGGUAACAGUCCUGCCGCAGCGAGUCCAUCAGCAGCGGACUAUGACCCCCUACAGGACAUGUUGGAUGACCGUGAUCGAGCGGCGAAGAAGAACCAGAACCCAGAAGUGUCCUCGGAUGCGUACCGCGAAACCGAUCCGAAAGCCCUUUCUACCCUUCCAGCAGAGAAGGUAGCGCCUGUCAAAAAACAAAAAAAGGAAUUCGACAUGUUCGCUUCUGACGACGAAGAUGAGGAGGAAGAUGUUGGGACUGAGGACGUUGUCGCUGCGAAAGGCACUGUACUUGACGAGAAAAUGCUCGAUAAUUGGGACGACCCCGAAGGAUACUACAAGCUAAUCAGCAACGAGCUGGUGGAUGGUGGACGUUAUCGCAUGAUCAAGGGUCUUGGGCGUGGUGUUUUCGCUAACGUCGCACAAGCUGAGGAGAUCAACACUGACAACGGCGACACGAAUUCGAGAAUUGUCGCUAUCAAGAUGAUCCGCAGGAACGACUUGAUGAGAAGGGCCAGUCAGAAGGAAAUGGACUUCUUGCGCAAAGUCAACGAGGCAGAUCCACAAGACAAGCGCCACAUCAUCCGCUUGCUGGGGUCGUUCGACCACAAGGGUCAUUUGUGUAUUGUGUUUGAGCACAUGUCGAAGAACUUGCGGGACUUACUCAAGGAAGAAACUAACGGCCACGGUCUUACGCUUCCAGCUGUGCGUAUCUAUGCGCGUCAGAUGUUCCUUGGUCUCCAACACUUGCAAAAUUGUCAGGUCAUUCACCUCGAUCUGAAGCCAGACAACGUCUUGGUCUCUGCUGAUAAGAAGACCAUAAAGCUUGCCGAUUUUGGUACCGCGGUCGACAAACGAGACGUUAUCGAGCGCACCGAGUACCUCGUCAGUCGGUUCUACCGCGCACCUGAGAUUAUACUCGGUAUGGACGUUGGCUAUCCUGUAGACAUGUGGGCUGUAGGUUGCACCGUAUAUGAGUUAUGGACUGGCAAAAUUCUUUUCACUGGACGAUCAAACAACCAGAUGAUCAAAUCCUUCAUGGACUGCUUGGGAUGGCCGAGCGAGAAACUGCUCAAGAAAGGCCUCGUCAACAACAUUCUUGAGAACUUUGAGCUGGGACCCCCACUGAAAUUCAUCAGCCGUGAAGUUGACCAAUACAACAAGCUCUCUGUUCGCAAGAUCGAGCAGCAGAAAAGGAUCAGUCGCGACAUGAAGACUAGAGUCCACGACGCCGCCCGAAACAUAUCUAGUGGAGGGCCAACUGUCAGCGAGUUAAACGAUCUAGCGGAUCUGUUGAGUGCUAGCCUACACAUGAACGUCGAGAAGCGCAUAUCACCAAAGGAAGCUCUUGCACACAAGUUCUUUGCUAACAAGAAUCCUGCGCCCAAGACUGCCACGACCACAAAAUCUGCUGUCGUCAAGCCGCCCAUGAUGAAGCGUAGUACCCCAGUUGGUACGCCUGGUGUUCGUCGGUAA